AUGUCUAACAAUAAUAAAAAUGAUACUAUUGUUAAUCUUGAUCAACAAGUACUCACAGCAGAACAAAAACAACGUCUCAUAAGAAUUUCUGAAAGACUCAAAGAAAUUAAAUCACUUAUGAAACGUGUUAAUCAGUUGCUGAAUUUUCUUGGCGUGUUUUUAUGCGUGGUAGCCGUGUUGUUUAUUAUUAUGGUUUGGAUUACAAGAUACUUGGAUUAA